AUGGCAUCCUCCCUCGCGGCUCAAUUGUCGCAAAUUGCGGCCAAAUCGACCCACCAGCUCGAUCUCAAAAAGCAGCGCAUCUCGCAUUCGCAGUCGCUGAUCUUUGAUCGCAAAGUCGCUUCUACGCAAGAUUUUGACACGAUAUAUGAUAUUUGUCAUGAUGGAUUCUUAGAGCUUUGUUCGCUCGACUCCCGCUUUGAGGAGUUUGAGCGGUCGAUUUUCAGUGAGCAAAGCAAGGCAGAGGACCGUACAGAGCUCAACGCCUCCCAGAACCAAGAAUUAGAUGCUGUUAUUGAAUCUUUCUUGGCCCUGGUUGGUGGACGGCUGCAGUUGAGUCCCGCCGUCAAAGCUGUCGACUGGCUUGUCAGACGUUUCCGUGUUCACGAAUACAAUACGGCCUGCAUCCUACUUACGUUCCUUCCUUAUCACACUACCCCCCUGUUCCUGAAUCUCCUUUCCAUCCUACCAAACGACCUGACGCCGACAUUCAAAGUACUCUACCCUUACAAGACUGGCCUCAUCAAUCCGCCACGCCAUCCACUUGUUCACAGCGCCACCACAAACAAGGCCUUUUUCGCUGCACUGAACGAGUAUGUCCUGAAGGCUUGCCAGCAAAAUGCGCAGAGUCAUGCAUUGCUGUCUUUUUGGGCUAGUGUUGUGACUGAGGCAGUAGCAGGCAUGCUUGAUAGCGCUCGUUCAGGUCGAAGGGAAGCCGAGAAGCAAAAGCAUGAAGACAUCCUGAUCCGUGUUCUCCCUCUUCUGAGCCGCGCGUUUUCGCUCAAGCCAGUCUCUGAACUGAUUGUAAGCUGCUACAUGAUCUCAGUUGUGCUAGCCCAAAAAGCUUCAUUGACGGACUCGGUGCUUGAUGGCCUCAUGGAGAGUGUUGUAAGCUCUUGGUCCGAGGAAACACUGAGCUCUGGUAUGAUCUGUCUAUCAAUUCUCGCAAGCCAGAAGAGCUUUCCGAUCUUGCCACGCAAAGUCUUCAAGGCCGUCUCGCGCCUCGAGCUGCCAAUGAAGCAGUUGUCUGAGAUCUCGGCUCUGUACCCGACCUCGAAGCUGCUCCUAGCCCUUGUUGCAGGAUGUGUACACAACCUUCAUAAACAAAAAGAUGUGUCCCGACUUUCUCUCCUGUCUUCAAUCAUUGGAAAUAAUAUGCUUCAAGGCGAAGAUCUGAGAGCGGCCAUGGCUGUUGUGCUCAAAGCUGCCAGUGAUUCCGACGAGACCCGGGGGAUGUCUCUUGAAAUUCAAAGUCGCCUCGCAGAAAUUGUUCAAGGUUUCAGUCAAUCCCCACCGUUGCAGUUGGAGUUCAAGAAAGUGCUUGCGGAGCCGUCCUUGGAUGUUCCUGCGCUUGAGCAUAAUCUGCAGACAGUCGUUGAUACCCCCACGCAGCUGGCUGGUAUUAAGGAUGUGGACAUGGAAGACGUGGAGGGGACCUUGGAGAAAUUUGCACCGGCCUUGGAGUCGCUCAAGAACGAGCCUUUGUUCCCAGCCUCGUUCCUCGGCAAGUCUUCUAUUCCUGAGUUUGAUAACCUCGUCCAAGUCUUCGCACUCGCAGUCGACUCGGAUGUCAAGAUCGAACAGUUCACGGAUCUACCCAUGCUGGGCAAAAAGAGCGCUACAAAGGAGUCCCAGUUCAUGUCUUUCUUUGUUCGAGUCUUUUCUGGUCCGUACCCGAUUGGUACAAAGGUGGCAGCGCUUAGCGUUCUCUCGUCCGUCAUUGAAUCCGCGGCGACAGAUUUCGACCCCCAGGCGCUGCUUCCAACACUGAUUGUUGGUCUGGCAGAUUCAUCAGAGCGCAUUCGCCGCGAAAGUGCUGGUGUGCUGGCUCGUAUGUGCUCCUUCUACAAGACGAACCACAAGCUUGACGCGGUCCGCCCUUGGGGCUCAUCCAACAUCUACGGCAAUUCCAAGGUGCCCGUUGCCGUACAAUGGCUUGCUCCGUCAGAUGUACAACAUGUGCUUGAAUAUGCCAUUCUCCCAUUCCUCGAGGAAUAUACUCUUGACUCUACCUAUAUAGUCAAGGUGAUCGAUGCUACUAUUCGCGGAGUUGUGCUUUCGGAGAACUCUGGAGCUCACGAGCUGAAGAAGUCAUUGCGCACCAGCCUUUUCACAUCCCUUUGUUCGCAUGUUGUCAACAUGCCAAUUCUCGCGCCCAAGUUCACUCUUUUGAGCAUCCUCAACAAAAUCACAAAAGCUCCCGGAACUAGCCAUGCUAAAGAACUUUCUCCGCUACUCGAGUACUGGCGAGGUCUCAGCCAGUCCGAAGUUGAUCAGCUUUGUCAGAAGGAGCGUCUAUCUACUGCCGGCUGCGAGCAGGAAGUGAUUGCGAUUAUUACUCCUCGAGAUGAUGAUCCGUUUGGCAUGCUCCUCUCUUAUGUGACUCGACCCUCGACCUCCACGAGAACAUCCUUUGUCAUUGCUGUCUUUGAAAGGAUCAAGGCAAUUUGGUCUAAGACAGCCGAGCAGGUCCAGUUUGUUGCCUCCCAGAAGCUGUUGGAUAUCUCACUCGGUGUGACCGCCGAUGAGUCUGCUCUGUCAGACUAUUCCCGUGAUGUGCUGCGCAGUGUCGACCUGUCUGGAGCGAUCCUCGUCAGCUUCAUCCGCAAGAUCCCAGUCUCCUUGACUGACAUUGAGAGCAUGGGUCCCGCGCCCAAGAGAAGGAGGACUAGCCAGACGAACAUGGUUGCCAUGAGCGUGAAGGAUGAGGCCGAGCUCAGCAAACUCAUGGACAAGAUGACUUUCAUUCUUGAAGUGAUCGACAACUCAAACCCGGGCUCCCACCCCGAGUUGGCUGAUGGCCUGUUCCAAACCCUAGCCGCCCUCCAUCAUUUCAAGACGCAGAUCCAGUCUGGCAUGAGCUACCUUCUGAGUCUGACGCUCGGUAGUCUCUUGGCUAUUGUGAAUAAUUCCAAAGCAUCUGCGAAACCGCUGUUUGACACUUCUGCUAUUCGAGCAGACCUGGUUGUUGAUUGCGUUCGAACUACCGACAGCCCGCAAGUCCAGAAUGCAGCGCUUCUCUUGGUGGCUGGCCUUUCAGUCAUUGCUCCCGAGCUCGUCCUCCAUAGUGUGAUGCCAAUCUUCACGUUCAUGGGCUCAAGCGUUCUGCGGAAGGAUGACGAUUACUCUGUCGCUGUCAUUGACCAGACAAUUGACCAAGUGGUUCCAGCUCUUAUUCAAUCUCUCCGCAACCAGAAGCGCGACAUCGUCUCGGGUACCUCCGAGCUUCUGCUCAGCUUCACAGCUGCCUUUGAGCACAUUCCCUCCCACCGCCGAUUGCGCCUGUUCCAUGCACUGAUUACGAAGCUUGGUACACAAGACUUUCUGUUCGCUGUAUUGGCAAUGCUAGCCAAUCGCUAUGCUACAGACAAGGACGUUCUUACUUUGAUGACCGCCGUAGCUUCAGACACAUCACCUGUUGUCGAGUUAACUACAUACAGCAAGUAUCUCAACCUGGUCAUCGAUGCGCUCAAGGCAAAGCCUGGGAUUUCGAAGGUUCUUCUCGGGAUUGGAAGUGAUGAUGGCCGUGAGCCCCAGCAAGUCGCUGUUGAUUUGCUCCGAGACCUUUCUCACUUGCUGAAGCACUCUACUCUGAAGGCGAAGCUGGAGGCCGCAUUCGAGACGGAGAACGAAGUAGCCGAUCAAGUUCGAGCUUGCUUCUCUCGUGUUCUGGAGCAAGUUCUUGGACUCGGCGAGCACGUGCAAAGUAUGAAGCCUGUCAGCCAUGCUUGUGGUGAAGUGCUGGGAUCACUGUUCGGUACAUUGUCACUUGUCGACUUCUUGGACACGAUUGAAGUUCUUCUGCAAGGACCCAAUGAUGACCUUCGGCGCAAGGUGCUUCGAUUGCUCGAAAACCGCCUUCGACAAAACCCUGAGCGAGACAAUGAAUCACAGAUCCGUGUGCUGGACUUCUUACCCACUCUCGUCACCAUCGUGAAGUCCUCGCCUGAUAAGCUGCUUAAACACGCAGCUGUCGCAUGUAUCGAUCGUAUCACUGAGAAAUAUGGCCGCAAAGACCCCUCCAAGGUCAUUGCUGCAGCUCAGGUUGUUGCAAGCUCAUCGUGCAUCGGCCAAGAUGACGAGCGCAUUCGCAUCAUGGGUGUCUUGUGUCUUGCUUCAAUGGCGGAGGUGCUUGGCGAAGCCAUGAUCCCAGCCCUUCCCGACGCAAUGAAGCGUUCUUUGGAGCUCCUGGAGUUGAGCUUGACCCCCAACAAGGAGAAUUCUCGUCUACAUGAUGCCGUGUUCUCCUUGUUCUCUGCAUUGCUCGUCAAUAUUCCAUUCAUGCUGUCGCCAUCUCAUCUUGACCAGAUGCUUGGACUUGCGUUCAAGUCUACCGAGGCGGACCUCGAGGAUGCCUCGGACGCCUCGCGCAUGGAGACUUUACGGCUUAUCGCAUCACGAAAAAUGGAUCUUGCAACCAGCCUUGGCGCGAUCGCCCGUAACUGGCAUCAUGCUGUCGAGACCGGUCCUAUCGCAGUGACUGAGACUCUUGAAGUACUUGCGCUUGCGAUCGAGAAGAACCCCAAGUCAUCAGUGUCUAAGAACGUGGGUCUUCUUUCUAAGAUUCUCUUUGACGCUUUCGAUCUGCGUCGCGAACAGAUCAGUCUCGGUGACGCGUCUGAUUUCGACGCCUCUGAUCUUGAGGAGGCAGAGUCAUCUCUCAACGACGUUACUAUCAAGAUGAUCUACAAGCUGAAUGAUAGCACGUUCCGCCCAUUGUUCAUAAAGCUUGUUGAAUGGGCAACGUCCGGCGUCUCUAAGACUAAUGAGCAGGGCCAAAUCUCCCGUCUUACCACCUUCUACAAUUUCCUCCAGGUGUUCUUUGGUACAUUGCAAUCCAUUGUCACUGGCUACUCAAAUUACGUUCUGGAGAACAUUGUCGAAGUUCUUGGCAAGGUCGGGCCUGCCAAGGCCACGAAGGCCCUUUGGCUGGCUGUUCUGCGCACUUUACGCAAUUCUUUCGAGCAUGAUCAAGAUGAAUUCUGGCAAUCACCGUCGCACCUGGCCAGUAUCUCUGGGCCUCUCAUUUCCCAACUGACGCACGCUACCACGUCCAAGACCGCAGCUCUCGUUGCCGAAGAGGUUGUGCCCACCAUUACGGAACUGGCCGUGGCCGCCGACUCGACGGAUAACUACAAGGAGCUCAACAUGGCUCUGAUGAGAUAUCUCCGUCCCUCCGCAACAACGCUCAAGUCCUCCGGCGGCGACAAUGCCUUCACGCGCCUUGCUGCCUUGAAGGCCGAGCAAGCUCUCACCGAGCAGCUUGGUGAAGAAUGGCUGGCUCUUCUCCCCGAGAUGCUGCCGUACAUCAGUGAGCUAAUGGAGGAUGAGGAUGAGAGUGUCGAACGCGAAGUGCGCAAGUGGGUGAAGCAGAUCGAGAGUGUGCUUGGUGAGCGACUUGAUGAUAUGUUGACUUGA